AAGUAGGUUUUUCGGACUUGAUGUAGUCUUCCCUGGAGUUGGGCACCGCUUUGGAAUCUGUCUCCCAAAAAAGUUUUGGACUGUGCCAAGGAGCCAUGUCUUUCCUGGGAUUUCAUGACUGCCUUUUGGAGAACAAAUCUGAACCAUUGUACAGCCUUACACCAUAAAACGCCUCUAAUGGUCUCUCUAGCUGGAGAUGACUCUUCGUUGGUUUCUCUUUUCAUCUCUCUUUCUUCCGGAAUAGUUUCCCUGACGUGAUGAUGCCCUCUUAUUCCCGAAAUCCGUGGUCCUGUGUAUUUUUCAUAGUGUAUCUUUCUAUCGAGUUGUACUUCAUUAUGAAUUUGCUCCUUGCUGUUGUCUUUGAUACAUUCAGUGACAUUGAAAAAAUGAAGUUCCGGUCACUGUUGCUUCACAAACGCAUGGCCAUCCAGCAUGCCUACCGCCUGCUGGUUAGCAAACAGAGACCCUGCGGGAUUGCUUUCAAGCAGUUUGAUGGCCUGAUGCGCUUCUAUGCACCCCGGAUGAGCAUUCGAGACCGUUAUCUUACUUUCAAAGCACUGAGUCAAAGCAAUGCCCCUUUGGUCAGUUUGAAGGAUAUGUAUAGUUUCUACGAAGUUGUUGGUUUAAAAUGGAAGGCGAAAAGAAACCGUGAGCAUUGGUUUGACGAUCUUCCAGGAACAGCUUUCCUUAUUUUUAAAGGUAUUAACAUAUUAGUGAAUUCGCGGGCCUUCCAGUAUGGCAUGUAUAUUCUGGUGGCAGUGAAUGGUCUCUGGAUUCUAGUAGAAACCUUUAUGUUGCGAGAUGGAAUAUUUUCUCGAGAUGUCCCUUGGAGUUACGUUGUCUUCCUUACAAUCUAUGGAGUUGAAGUGCUGUUGAAGAUCACGGGUCUGGGGCCUAAAGAGUACCUCUCUUCUGGUUGGAACCUUUUUGAUUUUGCGGUCACUUUGUUCGCAUUCUCGGGUCUCCUGGCACUGGCGUUCGACAUGGAGCCGUUCUACUUCAUUGUCGUGCUGCGGCCUCUGCAGUUACUGAGGCUGUUUAAGCUGAAGAAACGUUACCGGAACGUCUUGGAUACCAUGUUUGAGCUUCUUCCCAGGAUGGGCAGCCUAGGUCUAACGCUACUCAUCUUCUAUUACUGUUUUGCCAUUGUUGGCAUGGAAUUCUUCUCAGGAAAACUCUACCCAAAUUGUUGUAACACCAGCACGGUGGCAGAUGCCUUUCGCUGGAUCAACCGCACCGUUGGGAACAAGACUGUGAUGGACCAAGGAUACUACUAUCUCAACAACUUUGACAACAUUUUGAAUAGUUUCGUGACCCUAUUUGAGUUGACCGUAGUCAAUGAUUGGUACAUCGUCAUGGAAGGCGUGACCUCAGAGACUUCUCACUGGAGCCGUCUUUAUUUCAUGAUUUUCUACAUUGUGACCAUGGUGGUGAUGACAAUCAUUGUAGCUUUUAUACUGGAGGCAUUUGUAUUCCGCAUGAAUUACGCCCGCAAGAAUCAGGAUUCAGAAGCAGAAGACAGUGGGAUUGUGUUUGAGCGGGAGGUCUCUAAGGAAGAAAUUGUGACUGUCGCCGAGUUAUACGGGAGGCAUGGCAACACCUUGGCAGCUAGCCAUCUCCUCAAGGUCAUUUCCCAAAUGGACCGGCACCGGCAAACCUCCAUGCUGUUCUUGGGCCGCCGAUCGAGGACCAAAAGUGAUUUAAGUAUGAAAAUGUAUGAGGAAGAGAUACAGGAAUGGUAUGAAGAGUAUUCCAGGAGAGAAGAACGACAGCUUCCUUGGCAUGAAGAUGAUGAAUUGCUCAACCAGGCCUUCCACCCUCCUGGCCUCCGGCAGCGGUCACAAACAAUCAUCUAAGCUUUGCUUAUCGAAAGCAGAUUCUCCUAUGCAUUCAGCCUGGGCUUGCCGACACAGCGACUAUAGCCUCCCCUCAAUCAGAUUUUUCUUUUUUAAAUGAUCCUAAUCUCUUGAGUUUUCAAGCCAGGAUGCUGACCUCUUGGGAGAAGUCAACCAGUUUUAUUUUUAUUUUUUAAAUUUAAGCCUUCUCCUUUCUUCUGGCAUCUGCACUAGUGCAUGGGAGGUCUGGAAGGACUCUUGACCUUGCAGUAACGUUGUGCCGUGGGACUAACGCACAGUCCGGCCUGGCCAAAGUACAGCGGGACUUUCUUUUGGAGAAGACCUGUGGGUUUUCUUCUUGUUGCUGUGUUCUUUUGCAAAAAGCCAGUUGUUGUGUCAGAGCUGUCAGAUGCACUGGCCCAGAGAGCUGGGAUCCGGCCCAUUUGCAAGCAAAGAUGACAAGCAGGAGUGCGUAUUGAAUGUAUGUUCCAGCGUGCGCCUGAUGUUAUCUUUCAUCAGGCACUUCUUCAGAUGGGCUAGAAAUGGCAGGAAGGCUGGUUGAGUCCCCAAGCAUCAACUAGAUUGCCCUCUCUGCAUUCGUAAUGAACUAAAUGCAGUUGAGUGAAGUCAUGUAAAGUAUAUACCACACUAAUUUUCCCCACCCUUUGUAACUCAUCAGCAGCUAUAAAGACUCCUAGUAGUCCAGUCAUUGCUUGCCAGUUUUUACCAAAAUGUAGCAAGGCUCUCUGGCAUAUAACAGGACCCAGGGCCAACUUGGGCUCAGAAUAUCUUCCUAAUGGAAGUGGAUUCCUGGUUCAGUGAGAUCCUGAACAUGUAUAAGACUCUAUUGUGCUCAUGUGCUCACAAACUUUGUCCUGUGUUGGCAUAAUGAUUCUUUCACUUUCUGGGAACUGGAAACUUGAAAUGGCACCUUCCUGGAGCCGUUAACAACUACAGCCCAGAAGGCAACCCUGCCAAUAGGCAUUGUACUAAAUCCUGAACUAACCCUGCCAAUAGGCAUUGUAUUAAAUCCUGAAGCAACCCUACCAAUAGGUAUUCUAUUAAAUCCUGAACCAACCCUCCCAAUAGGCAUUCUUUUAGAUAAUGAAGCCACCCUGCCUAAUAGGCAUUGUAGUAGAGCAAUAAUUCUUUGACAGAAAAGACAAACGUGAUCCAGGGAUUGGUGUCUAUCAGAUUUUGUUAUUGAUCCUCUUCUGUAGAAAUUCCUCAGUCUAUUACCAGGCUUGGGGUCUCUUAGGAAGCCCUCUUCCCCACAAGAGAAACAAACAAGUGGAUCAUAUAUGUUUUUAUCAUUCUUUGAUUUGGAAUAGGAACCUUGGCAACGCCUAAUGCUUGUCUCAAAAUACGAAGAAGCAUUAUGCUCAUCCAGGUUUGUCUCUGGCUAUUAUUUUAAUCUGGAUGGCAAACAGGCCUUCCAUCAUUCCUUGCAAUUUAUAAGCAGAAAAGACAGGUUUUUCUUCUUUUUUCUUUUUUCCUUGUCCCUUCUGUAUCUUUAGGAUCACCAGCCUAAAACAAUUAGGAAACUUCGCUUUCUUAUGCCUGCUAACUCUCUGGCAUAGCAGAACCUAGUUAAAAACAACAAGCUUAUUUUCAUGCUAAAUAAAUAAUUGAGAAGUGUUGGCUCUGAAUAAGCUAUUUUCCAGUUGUUGGAGAGAGGAAUAGUACACCUUACACAAAGCCAGUGUAAGGGGAUGGAUUUGAGAUAAGCAGUUACCAGAAGUGAAAUUUUCCUGUCUUUGCUUAUAGCAUCUCACUCUAUGCUGGUUCCUCCAGAUGCCCUCAGUUACAUUAAUGGCCAGGGAAGAUAACAGUUGUACCCUAACAUUACCAGUGGACACCAAGUUGGGGAAAUGAGAGUUCUUGUACCCAUGAUCACUGAUGAUCUUAUUUGUUUUCUUCCGAAAAAGAAUGAGGAUAUUUUUUAAGGUAGAUGUCCCCAAUUUAGAUGACCUCCAGGUAGAUGGACUUCCACUCCCAGAAUUCCCAGUGCCUGCCAUGCUAUAUAGGGCAACUCUGGGAGUUGAAGUCCACCCAUCAGGAGUUUAUCCAGAUGGAAGGUUGCCUUAAGGUCCUUUGGAGAGAGAAGGGGCAUCUUAAGAAAAAUACUAUUGGUUCAACAGGGCAUUAGUGUUGACAGUGGAAGGUAUUCCUUCCUGAUAUAUCCAUCAGAUUUACUAUUCCUUUAGAAAGGGGGUAGGUUUGCAGAGCUGAACAGAUGGGAUGUUUUCUAGGGGCUGUUCGUUAGAGAUAUGCUAUGUUUUGGCUCUGAAGCAAAAACAGAAUUUCAGAAUGGGUAGGGCCAUCCAGAUCAUACCUGUCUAUGUGUAUGAAAGAGGUGUCUUUCCUGGAGCUUGCACCACCAUUACAUUUGGAAAAUACAAAUUUAAAUUAGGGAGGCGCUGACUGCAUAUGCAUACACAUACUCAAAGCACCUUAUUGUACCCCAUCAGCCCUUUCUAACUCAAAUUUGGAUUUUCCUGGGAUUGUAGGGUGACGAUGCAAGCCCAUGAGAGCCACAACUUCUUUAAGGAGGUGCUGAUGUUUGCAGGAUGCACAACUCUGAAGCACAUUUUCAGCUUUGGAUCUGAAGUGCCGCAUAGCCUCGGAGUACGCACUCGGUUUAGUAUUUUUUUCAACAGGAGCCUAGGUGAUCCUUAUCUCGCUUACCAACCGUUUCGGUGGUGUCACUAAGCAGAAAUGAAUGCUGAGCACCUUUAUAAUUUGGACUUGUUUUGCUCACCGGUCAACGAGCCAAACCUGGUGUGCACAUGGGGCUCAUUUUGCACACUGUGCACGCCCAGGCUAGUUAAGAGGAGUCUGCUUGGCACCACCUAGCCCAUCUUUUGCACAGUUCUUUGAUCAUCAUCCACGGCUAAGCAGGUUGUCAAAACCUAGAGUGAUGGUCUUUUUGGUUAGCAUCAACCAGAAUGUGAAGCUUUAUUCUAGUGCUCAAAUAGUAGUUUCUGCUAAUGGGAAGGAGAGUUACUCCCAGUUUGGAUGCACUACUGGAAAGUCACAAAUACACAUAUAAUAUUCAGUUUAUCAGCCUGGAUGGUAAACAAUGGAAUAUAGUUUUAGAUUUUCUUCCUCUACUUGGCAUAAGAGAUGCUGGCAACUUAAUCCCAGCCAUUUGUAGAGCAGGAUAUUUUUUGGGAUGUUUUCAUUAUUUUUGCUCUUGUUUAUUAAAUAAGCUAAAAAUGAUUCCAGAAAUGUCUUUCUUCUGAGUAUCUUGGAAGGAAAAAAAAAAAAAAA